GGUCUCUUGAAUUGGCGCCUACUGAAAACUGUGUCUGGUUUUCGGUUCUGCCAUUUGUUUUGCAACGGCUACUCUUCCUUGAAGCUCAAGUGGCGCCGUAAAUCUCGAGUCUAAACCGAGUUUCGAUCGGUAACUUGAGGGAGAGUGUUUUGGUUUCUGGUUUUGUUUCUUUGGUUCGUUUUCUGGUGUGUGAGGGGUGGGGGGUAUUUGAGGGGGUUAUGCCUCGAAGGAAAGCGAUGAACUGGAGGAGAGUUGCGAAAUCUGCACAGGCUUUCGCAGCCCAUUCCUUUCUUCUCUGUUUCACAGUUUUGCUAGUGCUCAAGCUCGAUCAUGUCGGCUAUUACUCUUGGUGGAUCAUUUUCUCCCCACUUUGGCUAUUUCAUGCUGUUGUUGCACGAGGCAGAUAUUCGCUACCAGCUCCAUCAUUACCCAAUGACCGUCAUUGGGCUCCUUGUCAUGCCAUUGUUGCAACACCAUUGCUGGUUGCUUUUGAACUACUCCUUUGUAUAUAUCUUGAGAGUAUCUACGGCCAUGAUUAUGCUGCUGUUAACUUGAAGAUUGUCUUUCUUCCCCUUUUGGCAUUUGAAAUAAUUAUUCUCAUCGACAAUUUCAGGAUGUGUAGGGCUUUAAUGCCAGGAGAUGAAGACAGCGUGAGUGACGAAGCAAUAUGGGAAACACUCCCUCACUUCUGGGUUGCAAUCUCCAUGGUUUUCUUCGUUGCUGCUACUACAUUCACCCUACUAAAACUAUGUGGUGCUGUAGGUGGACUUGGUUGGUGGGAUUUAUUUAUAAAUUUUGGCAUCGCUGAGUGCUUUGCUUUUCUUGUUUGCACAAAGUGGUCUAAUCCAAUUAUACAUAGACAUUCUUCAAGUAGUGAAGCCAGUUCCUCCUCUACCACAAUCAGCAGAUACCUUGAUUGGAAUAGUGGCUUAGUUGUUUCUUCAGAAGAAGAUCAGGACCAAGACAGAAUAUGUGGACUGCAGGACAUUGGUGGCCAUAUUAUGAAAGUUCCACUAAUCUGUUUCCAGAUCGUCCUCUGUAUGCGCUUAGAGGGAACUCCUUCUGGCGCUAAACAUAUCCCAAUUCCAGCUCUUUUCUCUCCUCUGUUUAUACUGCAAGGUGCAGGAGUCUUGUUUGCAAUGUCUAGACUGGUAGAGAAGAUUGUUCUUUUGCUGUGCAGUGAAGCUGGUACACAGAGAGAUUUUAUUAUCUCUUCAAGAGCUCAUGAUUUCUUUGGUUUCUUGCACCAUGGUUCUAGGCUGCUUGGUUGGUGGUCAAUUGACGAAGCAAGUCGAGAGGAACAGGCUCGGCUUUACCAUGCUGGGGCCUCUGGGUAUAACACUUUUUGUGGUUAUCCACCUGAAAUAGUGAAGAAAAUGCCUAAGAAAGAACUUGCUGAGGAGGUCUGGAGGCUACAGGCUGCUCUUGGUGAACAAGCAGAAAUCACAAAAUAUAGCCAGCAGGAGUUCGAAAGGCUUCAAAAUGAAAAGGUGUUAUGUAGAAUCUGCUUUGAAGGAGAAAUAAGUAUAGUCUUGCUUCCGUGUAGGCAUCGCGUUCUUUGCAGCACCUGCAGUGAGAAGUGUAAAAAGUGCCCAAUUUGCCGGGUCUCCAUUGAGGAACGAUUGCCUGUAUAUGAGGUGUAACAUCAAGUGCACAAGUUCAGUUCCUUCCCCGAGACAAAGGCACAAGGGUCUCAAUUGUCACAUGAUUUAUGAAUAGACUA